AUGCCUCCACCGGGCAGAAGACGGCCGAGACCGAACCUGGUAAACGCCAGCGCAGUAUCGCGAGGGUCGCAGCCGGCAUGGUUCCUGAGGAAACGAGAGGAGGGCUGGAACAGCCGAUUCGCCUCCGAUGGCCCCUCGUACUUCGACGUGCCUGGCGCCAUGGCGCUCGGCGAUGGAGCAUCUCGAACACGGCCAGACAUGACGAAGGUUACUGGUGCUGGCGGUGGCAGCAGCGUCGGGGUGGGGUUCAGUAGCUCAGACAAGCCCGCUGGAAAGCGCAUGCGCAUCCGGAGAGACAUGACCCCGUCAUUGUCGCGUGGAGGCACGGAUGCCCCAGGCGCCAGAGUGAGCCGCCGCGACCUUUACCUCAUGGAGAAAAUGUAUCCCGAGAAUCCCAACCUGGCCAUCACGGCUGGCUCUGCUGCUGCUUCCGUUGCUGCUGGAGCUAGAGGUGCGCAACGGCAUCAAGGGUCUAUUGGGUACCCUACGCCAGGAGACGUCAGGGACGACACGCGCUCACCUCCUCCACAGUACGGCAACUCUGCGACGGGAUUUCAUGGGCAGGACCAUAGCAAUCAGGGAGAGGUGGUGCAAGGCGGGGGGAAAGCGUCAUUGGAACGAAAUGCGACAAAGCUCCUGGCGAAACUGCACGCCCUCGUAGAAGACUGGCCAACGAGAAGCCAUGCCCAUUCGGAGCGCCGUGGGCAGCAGCAGCAGCAACAGCAGGGACGAAGUAAAGGGCACAAGAAAGGUAGGACGAAGAGCAAAGCCAAGGAAAAGAAGGCAAGCACAGGCGGAAUAGGUGAAGCGAUGCACGCGCGAUCAUCAGCUGACGUCGCAGCCGGCUGCGAUAGGAGCUGCGUGGAGAAGAUCGUGGCGUGGUCACUGGUAGUCAGCCCGGAAUCAUGCAGGCCGAAGCCGUUCCGCUGGAGCUCCGAGGACUACCUGGCAAAGAUGCACCAUGACUUGGAUUUCGUGUCGGACGCUCUCGCCAAAGACGCACCUGCCUUUGGCAAAGGCAAUCCUCUCCUGCUGACCCGUUCCGAAGCCGCGGGGCAACCCAGAGCGGGACAAGUUGGCCGGUACUACGCGGCAACCUAUGUCAUACUGGACGCCGUCAACCGUGCCCGAGACGCCGCGACCGCUGCUCAAGCUGGAGACCCUCCCGGAGAACGUGCUCAAGAGGCCGGCGUUCACGUCAGUAGGAGGGGAAAAGGAUACGCGGGUGGUGGUGCGGAUGGUGUUGGUGGUGGCGGGCUCGGGGUGGUGGUGAUCGCGAGCGAUGAUGAAUCGCUUAGCAAGGCUGGGGGCCUGGUCGGCGGCGAGGGGGUGGAACGGCGAAAACGGAAGAAGCAGAAACCGCGGACACAGCGUGUGCCAAAGGAGCAAACUAUGCAGCAACAAGAACAAGCGCAAGAAGUGGGGAAGCAGCAGCAGAGGCUGGAGCAGCUAGAGCGAGACCAAGCGGGCAAGAGGGCAGACCCACACACGGGAGGGCUGCUGGAGGGGGGGGAUGGCCUGUUAGACCUUGGAGAGGAAGUUGGCGAGGAGACUCUUAGUCCGAAGAAUACUCUCGACGACGAGGAGGACCUUUCGGAUGCAUACGGCGAGAGCUUCGAAGAGUAUGAAGAAUAUGGGCAGGACGACACCACUUCACCGGAAAUUGGUACCCCGCAGCUACAAGAAGACCAUGACAGUAGUGAAGCUCAGCAGUUUCAAGGAAAGGGCGGACAGUUGUCUGGCAGUCAUGAGCACUUACUUGCGACGCAGCUAGAUAAAGAAGCGGAGGAAGCUAGGGAAUUGCGAGAAGCCGAGCAGCUAAAAGCGCGGGAAGCAGACGAAGCCCACGAGCGACGACUACGACAGGAGGAGGAAGAGGAAGAGGAAAAGGAGAAAGAAAGCCGGCGACUGCGAGAAGCUGAGGAGCAGCAAGUGCGGGAGAAAGAAGCGGAGGAGGCACAUCUAAAGGAGGAGGAAAGUAGACGAAAUCGUGAAGAAGAACAGCACAGAGAGCGGAAAGCAAACGAAGCACACGAACAACGCCUUCGGAAGGAGAAGGAGGAGGAAGAGGACCGCCUGCGAAUGCAAGAAGCCGAGAGGCAAAGAGUGCUAGAAGAAGCGGCGGAGGAGGUUCGUCGAGAGGAGGAGGAAGGUCGACGUCUACGAGAAGCAGAGGCAGAAGAGGCACGCCUAAAGGAUGAGGAGAGUCAUCGAUUGCGAGAAAUUGACCAGCAGCGAGAGCGGCAACAAGCAGAAGCGUAUGAGCAACGCUUGCAAGAGGAAGAGGCACAGCGGUUGUUCGAGGCGGAGCAACUGAGAAACGAGGAAGAAGGAGUGUCAGGAGCGGACGAGCCCCAAUACCACGCGAACAGUGACGUCGGACCCGGAGAGCAAGAGCAGGAAGAUGUGGGCAUGCCUACCCGUAUCGGCGAUUACGACGUGGAUAGUCUUCUAGGGGACGGGGCGUACGGCUGGGUGUACAAGUGCUACCGCCGUCGCCGGUCUAUUUGCUCGACAACAGGAGGUUCUGUGCGGCGAAACACCGAAACCGACGGCGACGACGAUGACAUCACAGCAGUGGUGGCGAUCAAACAAUUCAAAGGUCUCACUGACAUGGAGGAUGAGCACACCAGGAACUACGUCCGACUCACCCAGGAGAGGGAGGCAGACCUCGCCCUCUCCCUCAUCCACCCCAACAUCGUACGCUGCCUGGGCACCAUCAACGCGGGGGGUACUUGCGUUGCCAGUGGUGACGGCGGUGUUGGUAGGGAAGAAGUCGCGUUCUUGAUAUUCGAGCACGUGCCGGGUACCUUGCUUGACCUUAUACAGGAACACCCCGGCGGGCUUUCUCUUCUCGAGACCACGAAUCUCCUCGGACAGUUAUUAUCGGCCGUGGAUUUCCUGCACCAGCAUGGCGUCGUUCACCGGGACGUUAAGCCGGAGAACAUCCUGGUAGACAAAAAGAAGACCAAGGGAGGGGUACCGACACUGAAAUUGUGCGAUCUGGGGACAGCUCGGAAGGCUAGCGAGAUUGGCCAAGAAUUCAACUCGCGAGACACGAUAGCGAGAUCGGCUGAUGAUACAACAAGAGACACCCCAAGAACAUGGACGGAGUACGUUGGCAGCCGCUGGUACCGUGCGCCCGAGAUGCUCGCCGGCUCUACUCACUACGGCGCGGAGGUCGACGUUUGGGCCUGCGCCUGCCUGGCCGCCGAGAUGAGCUCUGGAAGACCUCUCUUCCCCGGAGAAGAUGAAGGAGAACUAGCCGCUUCAAUGGCGGCGCUGCUCGGACCGCUGCCCCUCGACUUAGCGUCACGUCUCCGUGAGAUGGGGUACACCCCGCCGCCUCCCCGCGGUAGGCCGACUCGUUCUAUAGAGGCGUGCCUGGACGGGAGCACGGGGACUCACGAAGCUAGGCGCAGCAACCCAAGAGGGUCUCGUGUCGGAGGGUCGGGCUUCGACGCUGACACACUCGGUAUUGCGUCUGCCGAAGUUGGCGAGAGUGAAGAGCAACGUCAGCACUACCGUGGGGUGUUAGAAAUCCUGGGAGGGAUGUUGGUGUUCGACCCAGCGAGUCGAUUAUCUGCGCAAGAAUGCCUCCUUCGUGCUAGCGUUUUCGGCAGCGGCAGUGCUGAUGCUGAUGCGUCUUUCGCUGGAAGAAAGCCUUCCGCUGGCGACCUGGGUGACUUCGAAACGAGGCGCGCAUCAACUACCCGCAGUUCUAGAGGGUGUUCUUCUUCGGCCACCAAAACCUACGGGUCUGGAGCUACAGCAGGAGCGGUCGUUGGCGGGGAUGACGGAUCUAGCCUCACCAAUGAUUCCAAGGAUGACGACGAACACCAAGAAGAUCAGACCAUUUCAGCUACGUCUGAGGCGGUCUCGGCCGGAAACGAUGGUCGUGAACCGGCGGACAUUGUAGCUGGUCCAUUCAAGGCCGGUGAAGGAUUUACCGUAGGCAGCAAAUCACCAUCCCAGUUCGAGGCACCAGUACCGCCACCGCAGGAGACGACCUUCCUUGGAGAAGAGGGAUACGUCCAAAAGAGGGUAGCAGAGAUCGAGGAGAAAGUGGAGUACUACAACCCCGGAAAUAAAACGAACGCGGCGAAGGGCCAAGCACCCACGGAGACGAUGGAGGAAGACAGCGUGAGGACGAUUGCGACUACUGAGGCUGCCGGCGAAGCAACCCUUGAUAGAUCUGACGCCUCCUCGGUCAAUGGUGAGGGUGGUGGUGGUCCGACGGAACAGGGUCAAAGGAGCGCAGAAGGUGCGCCCGCUGCGGGUACGAGUCCCCCUAGUAGCGGCGAAACGAGGACUAUUUCAGAUCCAAGUACAGCGCUGGACUCCAGAAUAGCUGAAUCCGCGACCGUAGAGGGCGAAACAACCGCGCAAGCGGCCGAGGGCGUGGUGGAUACCACUCGUGCUGACGAAGUAGGCGACGAGGACGGCGAGACAAAGAGGUGGGGGGGCCGAGAAGGGGGCCAGAAGAAGGGGAAUACGUCGGACAACAGCGAUGACGGAUACUUCCUCGCAGACGAUGGGCUAGAGAAAAGCGCCGAGGGGGACAACAAAGGCAACGAGCAGAAGGGCGUGAUGUCAUUCGGUGACGAAGACUACGGCAGCGAUAGCUUCGACGAGGGCGAGCAACACGAGGAAGACCAAGAAGGCGCGCUGACCACCCGUGGGGGACGGACCUCGUUCUUUCCUAAUCCCCCGGAGCUUUCCGCAGCGGUGGACGCGGUUUUGGAGGCGGAGCCGUCUGAAAUCACACAAAGUAUCAACGACAACACCGCUGCCGCUUCUUUGGACGAAACAGAGGAAGCGUCACUGCAACACGCGGCACCACGAGCGGUGGACAUCGAGGAUACCGCCGACGCCACCGCCUCCAACAGCAAACCAGACGCCGACAAGGACGACGAGGGGAAGACAGAAGAAGUCACCAAGGGUAUGGAAGAGGAUGAGGCCGAGAAUGGUGACGGUUGGCGGGUGACCGGCGCCUUCCGUGUCCUUUCGGCGUCUGGACCUUGGGGGGAGAUGGCGGUGAAUGCCGUGAAGGGGUUGCUGAGGCAGCCGCGGGACCAGCAACACCAACAGCAGCAGCGCCAAGGAGGUAGCACGACACCUGUCGCUGGCGUUGGCUAUGAGGACAAUGGAAAGGUGACCGCGUUGUUCCAGAAAGCUCUAGAAGCGAGGGGGGAAACGGGAGGACACGUCCGCCGGUCGAUGGAGCGCGCUUUUGCAUCGGCUUCAACAUCUGAAGAACCCAACACCGCGACAGAGACUGGCGACAAGGCUGCUGUGCCGGCCCCAAACGGUGUUGGGAAAGCGCUGGAGGCGUUCGCUGCUGCCGCUGUGGCGGCGGAGGGAGAAGGCCUGGCAGUAUCACGGUUAGCGCGACUGACGGCUGGCCUCGCACGUUGCGUCGAUGGGGAGCUUCAGGAAGCAGCACAAACCUGUCAGGCUUGGGCCGCCCACGCAAGGCAGGGGAAGCGCCCCGCCCACACAGGCGAUCCCCUGCUUGAGUGCGCCGAGCACCUCAACAGCAGUUGUCCCAUCCGGCAAACGAAAAUCAGCACCGUUGGAGGCGACGGUGGCGGAGACAGCGGUGUCCGUGGAGCGGUGGACGGGGUUGGAGGAGUUUGCGCCGAUUUCCUAGCGGCGCUAUGUGAAGCAGCCGAUCGAGGGCGAUCUUCCGCCACGGCCGACAUCGUCCACGCCUCUUCAACGCUAGAAACCCUGUCGAGGGUGGUAUGCUCGCUGGCUCCGUUCAUUCUUGACGCUGACCGCCCCAAGGUCGAAAGGGACGAGAAUCUGAUAUCGGUGGCAACAUCACUAGGCCUCGACGAAGGCCUGGCGAGGAAAACACUGCGGCCGCCAUCCCUUGCGUCCUCGUAUUUCUUGUCGCCCGCGGGUCAGGCCGUCCUGCUGAAGGCAGCGCUAACCCAGCGAGGAGAGCGACGAAUCAACCUCGUGACGACUCGCGAGGAGGCCCUGGAGCAGAUCCAGGGGGCCUUGGAACGAGACCUCCCGCCGCCGGAUCGUGACGGGCGAGGGGACGUCGGGGGUAGCAAUACGAUCACCUCCGGCGUUGCGCCGCUCGCUGAGGCGCUGAUUCUUAACCCUUACUACCUAUCCUCCUGGGGAAACAAGAAGGUUCUCGGGCAGUGCGUCGAGGAGGGCGAAGGGCUCGGGCCUCGCAAGGAACUCUUCGAGCUGGCGUCGCGGCAGCUUAGCGAGCGAUGGCGGUCCCCACAGACGGGUUUAUUCUCGUCCCCGAUGAAAGCAACCGCUCGAGGGAGAACGGCUGAGGUGGACCUUGUGAUUAGUUUCUCCGCCUCGGAUGCCCCGGAGAGGGCCUUCUAUUCGCGCGUGAAGGCCGGCUGGAGAAUUAAGGUCGGGAGUCAGACGAGGAUCCUCGGAAGCGUCAAGGUCGAAGAAGGCAUUGGCGGGGACGACAGCAGCAGGUACUCCGCGAGGGUAACAAAGCUGUGGGUAGAUGGGUUUCAGUCGGAGGAGGCGCACCUGCAGGAGGCAAGCUGUCCGGUGCUCGUCUACCAAGAGGGCAGUGAGUCGAAAUGGUUGGACGCCAAGGCGGACCGCUCCAACGACGAGCAUCGGAAACGCUUGAGAACGCUGGGGGCACUUCUGGCACUGUCAGUGACGAACUCCUGCCGGCUUCCGGUGGAACUCCCUGACCUGUUCUUUCGGUGGCUCCUGCUUGGUGGUGAAAGUGCAGUAGUAAAACAGAAACAUGGGCAACAGCUGUCGCCAUCAUGUCCCUCGUUCGAGCCUUCCGUGGAGGACAUGGUGGCGCUGGAUAAGUCCUUGGAGCGACCAUUUGAGGCUCUGAAAGACGCUGUCCAGUCCGACGACGCUCUGAAAGGCCUAUUGGAAAUCGAGGAUCUGCCGGCUGACACUUCAGCAGCUGACUACAUCGCGCACAUGGGAUCAAGAGGGGAACUGCAACAGAAGGACAAAUGGCGACACGAUGGGAAAGAUUUCGAUUUCCGUGUGGCGUUUUCGGUCUACGAGGACCGGGAACUCGUGACGUGUGUGCCAUUGCACGAGGCAUUCUGGUCGGUGGUCCAGAUAGAACUCUCCCCAGAGGAACGACGUCGUCUCUUGCUCUUCAUCACGGGAACGGACCGUCUACCAGAGGCGGGAUGCGAAACCCUGUCGAUCGAGAUCCCUUUCGAAGUUCCUGGAGGAAGCAAGGACAUCGAGACGGCCAGGUUGGCGGCAACAAAGUCCCUCGGACAGGUCCCCACGGCGCAUACUUGCGACAAUAUUCUGGAGUUGCCAAACUACUGGAUGCUGUUGAUGAGGCACGAGGGGCGGGACGAAAAGACGCAGCUAUCGGAUGUUUCCGUAGGAGAUGUGAGUUUGGUCGUCUUGGACGAAGGUUUGAACACGCCUACGUGGAGUCAGCCCCAUGGCGUCUACGUUGGAGGCAUUCGGAGGCCGAACGGUAUUGAGGAAUAG